AUGACUUCACCAAAUUACGAGGAUUCAUGCAUUGAAUACUAUGAGAUGGACAACCAAUUUUGCAACUGUGACAAGAAUGACUCUGGUCCCUAUUAUGAGUUCUUAGAAUAUCCACUUUGUGUCCCACAAGACUCAUUAGAAAGUUUGGAAGGGAUUAACUUCUGGGAUGACAUGGAUUUGAUUUCGAUCGAUUUCAUGUUUUUCCACUCUUCGGAUGAGACCAUGGAGCAAUUAGAAAAUAAUAAAGAUGAAAAGAAACCAUUUUUAAGGGAUGCAUCAAAAACUAAUCAUGGGUCUCCAUUAGAGUUGCAAAACAUGUUAGCAAAGUCUAGAACUGAGAUCUUGGAAGAAAAUGAAACGUCUGAUGGAUGGGAAGACUACAAAGUUGAUUUUGAAAUUUCAAUAACGCCAAAGAGAAAUGCUAUGAAAAGGAAAAGAAGGUGCAAGAAGAGAACAUAUAGCAAAAGAAGAUGCAGCCAUUGUAAUGUGAAAGAAACACCUCAAUGGAGAGUUGGUCCUUUGGGGAGAAACACUUUGUGCAAUGCAUGUGGAAUGAGAUACAAGUCAGGGAGAUUAUUGCCAGAGUAUAGACCUGCGUCGAGUCCAACUUUCAACGUGAACAAGCAUUCAAAUGUUCAUAAGAAGAUACUAAUAAUGAGAAGUUAA